CUUUUAUCUCGCCCUUUAUCUGCGUCUUUAUAUCUGCUCCAUCUGUCUUCAGCAACCGUACCUUCACAAAAGGUAUUCCGGGCUGUUCUCAUAUCGCCCUUGUUUGUUAUUUCACACCUUUUGGAGAUCAGAGCACAGCAGUAUGUCGGAUCACCUCGAGCCCUUCAACAAGCGCCGGAAGACAGACGCGUCGCAGCCGCCAUCGUCAUCCUCCGCCAUCUCGCCCGCGACCUCGACCUCGACCUCGCGCUCUUCGUCCGCGUCCUCGGUCAGCAUCGGCGCGACCACGCAGUCUUUAAACGGCAAUGGGCAUAAGCUCAUGCGUCCUUCUGCGCGCGCGGCGCCACCGUCGUCGUCGUCGGCUGCUGCUGCCUCGUCGUCGUUGGCGCGACCGCGGUCGCGUCCGGUUGCGAAUGAGUCGUUCUAUGGCAGUAUCGUCAAUGGUAGCAACUCUCGAUCGGACAGCCCAAAGCCGAAUGGUGCAGUUAGCAGCCCGUUUCCCAUGCUCUUCAGCAGAUCGUCGUCGGGGCCUGCGAACAAUCACUCCAGCAACAAUUCGUCUGCUGCAGCUCAGCAUAACGAGCAGGUCUCACCGCGAACAAAGAUGCGCAAUCUGGCAGCAAAGUUCAGAGCCGAUAGCACAUCCAGCAGCCUUUCUCAGCCUCCGCCGUCAUCGCUUUCUUCCAAUGGCGUGAAGAAAGGCCAGGCGAUCAAGAAAGUCGCUGCUGCUGCUCCCGCCAACGGCGUGCAGCGAGGCCCAGCGCCUGCGCGUCCGGUUGCGAUUGAUCUCGACACGCCGGAGCAACUGACUGCCGACGAACGGCGAACGAUUGUCCGUCUGCAGGAAGUGUUUCCGUCGUUUGCUAGCUCUGCGCUGGUCUCGGCCGUGCGAUUGAAGCAUAACUUUGACGAUGCGGCCGAGUGGCUUGCGCAGCAAGACGAGCUUGGCGUGGCCGAUAUCAUGACUGUGUCGCCUAGCAGUGCUAGUAAAGCGAUAGAGCUGUCACCUGUCGCGACGUCGAAGCGGGAUAUCACAAAGCCGCGGAGAUCGAUUCGGGAGAAGUUUGGCGCGGCAAAGAUGAUUGAGCUUUCUUCUGACGUUGAUCUUGACGAGGACGAGCUUGAGGUGACGCGAGUGGUGAAGAAACCUUCUGCGUCGCGACGCGCGCUGACUCCGGACGAUGAGGAGGAUGAGGAGCCGUUGGCGGACUCUGACGACGAUUCGGAUGCAGAGGGUAAUCAGGACGUGGACGACACGUCUGCGGUUGAGGAGAAGUUGCUUUCGAUAUUCAACAAUGGGUCCGCGAAAGUGAUUAUCGACGUCGCGUGCUGUCCGGAAGACGUGGCCGAGCGGAUCGUGGAAGAGCGGCCGUACUCGUCGCUCGACCAGGUUCGCGUGGUGGACCUGAUCGAGCCGGUCGAUCCCGAUGCGCCGCCAAAGAAGAAAUCGAGACGACCGAAGCGGACGGUGGGAGAUAAGGCUGUUGAUACGGCGCUGGAAACACUUUCGGGGUACGAUGCGGUCGACUCGCUGAUUCACAAGUGCGAGCAGCUCGGAGAGACGGUGUCGAAGGCGAUUAAGAAAUGGGGUGUUGAUGUGCGUGGCUCGAACGGUGAGCUUGAGAUUGUUGAUAUAGUGGACGAGGAGGACGGCGACGAGGCGAAGCCUAAAGUGCAGCCUGGCGGUGGAUACUUCUCAGAGCAGCCUAGUAUUCUUGCGGAUGAUGUGCAGCUGAAGAGUUAUCAGCAGGUUGGAAUUAAUUGGUUAUCGCUGCUUUAUAAUAAGAAGCUGUCGUGUAUUCUGGCCGAUGAGAUGGGUCUGGGGAAGACGUGCCAGGUUAUUGCGUUCAUCUCCCACCUGAAGGAGAUCGGCGUGAACGGUCCGCAUCUCGUGGUAGUCCCGUCAUCGACUCUCGAGAACUGGCUCCGCGAGUUCCAACGCUUCAGCCCUACGCUUGUUGUAGAGCCGUACUACGGCACGCAAAAGGAGCGCGGUGAACUGAGAGCGGUGUUGAGCGAUAAGGAGACGGAGUUUGAUGUGAUUGUGACGACGUAUAACCUUGCGACAGGGUCGGCGCUGGAUUGCAGCUUCCUGCGGAGUUUCAGAUUCAGCACGUGUAUCUACGACGAAGGACAUUUGUUGAAGAACAGCGAGUCUGAGCGGUACCAGAAGCUGAUGCGGUUGAAGAGCGAGUUCAGGCUGCUGUUGACGGGCACGCCUUUGCAAAACAACUUGCAGGAGCUGAUUUCGCUGCUGGCGUUUAUUCUCCCGAAUCUGUUCAAGGAGCGCAAGGAGGAAUUGGCUGGAAUUUUCAAGCACAAGGCCAAGACGACGACGGACUCGACGGACGCGAAUAAUCUGGCGCUGCUUUCGGCGCAGCGGAUUUCGCGGGCAAAGACGAUGAUGACGCCGUUUGUGCUGCGGCGGAAGAAAGACCAGGUGCUGAAGCAUUUGCCGCGGAAGAACCACGUGGUGGAGUACUGCGAGCUGUCGGCGGAGCAGAAGGAGAUUUACGAGUCCGAGGUGGAGGCCAGUCGUCGGGUGAUUGAGGCGCGAGAGGCGGGGCAGGUGUUGACGAAGGCGGAUCGGUCGAGCAGUAACGUGCUGAUGCGGCUGCGGAAGGCGGCGGUGCAUCCGUUGCUGUUUAGGAAAUAUUACGAUAGCGCGACGUUGCGGAAGAUGGCGAAGGAGAUUAUGAAGGAGGAGCGGUAUUACGACGCGAAUCUGGAGUAUAUCUACGAGGAUAUGGAGGUGAUGUCUGAUUUCGAGCUGCAUAGGCUGUGUCUGAAGUUCAAGAGCAUAAACAAGUACCGGCUGCAGGAUGAUGAGUGGAUGAAUUCUGGCAAAGUGCGGAAGUUGCAGGAGUUGCUUGUGCCGAUGAAGGCGAAGGGGGACCGGAUCCUGAUCUUUUCGCAGUUCACUCAGACGCUCGAUAUUCUGGAGGAGGUGUUGUCUAGUUUGGAGAUGACGUUCCUUCGGCUUGACGGCCAGACAUCUGUGGAAGUGCGGCAGGACCUGAUUGACAAGUUUUACGCGGAAGAAGACAUCACUUGCUUUUUACUGUCGACGAAAGCCGGUGGGUUCGGAAUCAACCUCGCGUGCGCGAACGUGGUUGUGAUUUUCGACAUGAGUUUCAACCCGCACGACGACAAGCAGGCGGAGGACCGCGCGCACCGGGUCGGACAGACGCGGGAGGUGCAGGUUGUGAGGUUGGUGAGCAAGGGCACGAUCGAGGAGGCUAUUUUGCAGCUGGCGAACACGAAGCUUGCGUUGGACGCGAGCGUUAGUGCUGGUGGGGAGGGAGGGGAGGAGGAGGAGAAGAACGCGGAGUUGGUGGCGGAGAUGAUAUUUAAGAAGGAGUAGUUGUAGUAUAGAUAUCUGAGUUGGUUAUAUGAACUGUAGAAUACAUUGAAUGAUUAAUAUGA